CGCGGACCAUACCAUGGCCACAAGUGUCCUCGACACAUCACUCACGACAACACCCGCGCCAAUGCCAGCAAAACGAGGCCAACCGGUAGUCGACAUCGACACCACUCUCAAACGCGUAUUCGGAAAGAGGUCUUUCCGAUCUGUCCAGCGGGAGGUGAUAGAAGCGGCGCUGGAGGGUCAUGAUGUUUAUUUGCAGGCAUCAACCGGUCUUGGGAAGAGCCUGACCUUUCAGCUCCCCGCCGUGGUCGUGGACCAUGGUACGACGAUAGUUGUUUCCCCAUUGCUGUCUAUCAUGGCAAACCAAGUAGAAGCUCUCCUUGCAGCGGGAAUCAAAGCGGCAAAGUUGGAUAGUUCCAUGGACAUGCAGGAACGCAACGAGAUCUUUAGAGACCUGGAAAGCGGACGUCCCACGCUGCGACUGCUUUAUGUGACACCGGAGCUAUGCACUACCCCCGGAUUUCGCGCAAAACUAGGGGUGCUGCACAAAGACGGAGAGCUGAAUAGGAUUGUAGUUGAUGAGGCACAUUGCAUCUCUGAGUGGGGACAUGAUUUCCGUGCGGCGUUUAAACAGCUGUACUGGUUCAAGUGCGAGUUUCCUUCUGUUCCGGUAAUAGCAGUAACUGCUACUGCUACUGCCAGGGUUCGAGAGGAUAUCAUCAAGAUCCUGAGACUACCGCCACCGCCGCAGUUGAAGAUAUAUCUCACUCCAACAUCAAGGUCAAAUCUCCACUACGAGAUCCGUUACAUAAACGACAGUAUCAACCCACUCGACGAGCUGGUGAAGUGGUUGACAGGUGUAUACAAACGACGGAAGGCUCGGGACGGUGGGGCCGAGGAGAGGCAUUCGGCGGUUUCGGGGUUGAUAUAUUGCUCGAAGAGACAAACGUGUGAAGAUGUCGCCAAAGAGCUGCGCGGGCAUAAGAUUGGUGCUAGACCAUAUCAUGCAGGACUGAGCAACGACGAGAAAAACGACACGACGCAGAACUGGCUCCUCGACAAGCUAGGCUAUGACAUAAUCGUGGCUACGACGGCAUUCGGCAUGGGAAUCGAUAAGCCCAACGUCCGAUUCGUCGUCCAUUGGGGUGUCCCCAAGUCGUUCGAAGGGUACUAUCAAGAGGCCGGACGUGGCGGCAGAGACGGCAACGCGGCCCGUUGCAUUCUCUUCUACUCACGAGAGUCCCGGGACCGUACGGGAUACCUUCUCCAGCUUGAGGCGAGUAAGCAACAGGGCGUCGGCGGUGGCGACGCGCAAAUACAAACGCAGAGCAAGCUGAAAAGCUAUCAAGAGCUGGUAAAAUACUGCGAAAACACAUCUACAUGCAGACACCUGGCGAUAUCACGGUACUUUGGAGAUGUCGAACCGCCGGAAUGCGACUUUGCUUGCGACAUCUGUAAAGACCGGAACGCGGUAGUCUCGGCGAAACGGAAUGGCCUCGCCGCAGAGGAGUGGGUUAGUACUCAGAGGGAGACGAAUAUGGACUACUACGGUGGGGUUGAUAGUUACGAGUAGAGUCACAUUACUGUAGUAACAGUCGAGCAUGUCGAAUAGAGAGGAUCAGUGACGUUUGGGCGUACAGAAAGUUGGCUUAA